CAUCACCACAAAAAUGGACCCAAUCUCUGCAGGGUUCAACACCAAAUCCUUCACCCUCAAACUAAUCAAAGGGCCAUGGUUCAUGAUGUUCGCGUCCUUCCUUAUUAUGUCCAUGGCCGGCAUACCUUACAUGUUCGGCCUCUACUCCGGCACCAUCAAAUCUGUAUUGGGUUACGACCAAACCACCCUUAAUUUCAUCAGCUUCUUCAAAGAUGUCGGCACCACCGUCGGUGUCUUGGCCGGCUUAAUCAACGAAGUAACCCCACCAUGGUCCAUUCUUGCCAUGGGAGCUCUUCUCAAUUUCUUCGGUUACUUCAUGAUUUGGCUCUCUGUUUCCGAGAAGAUCCCCACCCAUGUCUGGCUCAUGUGCUUAUAUAUCUGUGUCGGAGCCAACGCUACAACGUUUGCUAACACCGGCGCCCUCGUCACCUGCGUUAAGAAUUACCCGCAACGGCGCGGCGUCGUCAUCGGAAUUCUUAAGGGCUACAUGGGGUUGAGUGGGGCCAUUGUUACGCAGCUCUACCAUGCGAUUUAUGGGAAAGAUGAAAAGUCGUUGAUUUUGUUGUUGGGUUGGUUGCCGGCGGUGAUUUCGUUUAUUUUCUUGCCGACGGUGCGGCGGAUGAAGGUGGAGCACGAGGAGGAUGAGCUGAGGGUUUUUUACAGGUUUUUGUAUAUCUCGUUGGGGCUGGCCGGGUUUUUGAUGUUGAUGAUAAUUUUGCAGCAGAAAUUUAGUUUUGGGAGAGGGGAGUACGGUGGCAGUGCGGCGGUGGUUACAUUUUUGCUCCUUUUGCCGAUUGCGGUUGUUGUUGCUCAGGAAUUCAAGGCGUGGCGGCGCUUGAAUCAGCCUCCGGUGGUUGAGAAUGGGCUUUCCUACACGCCGGGGACAGCGGCGUUGAAGAACACGACACCAAUGGCACUCCUCCCGAAGAAACCAAAGGAGACAGAACCAGCUAGCAGCACCAAAAUUCAAUGGUGGAAAAACGUGUUCAAUCCGCCAGAAAGAGGAGAAGAUUGGACAAUUCUCCAAGCUCUGUUCAGCUUCGACAUGUUCCUCCUCUUUCUCGCCACCGCGUGCGGCGUCGGCGGGACACUAACCGCCAUCGACAACCUCGGACAAAUCGGACAGUCACAAGAUUACCCAAAGAAAAGCAUAAGCACAUUCGUGUCGCUUGUCAGCAUAUGGAAUUACCUCGGCAGAGUAAUGGCCGGAUUCCUCUCCGAACAUUUGCUAAUCAAAUACAGAUUCCCUCGUCCUUCAAUGCUCACAAUCGUUCUUCUUCUUUCCUGCAUCGCCCAUCUUCUGAUCGCCUUCAACCCGAGCGGCGGCCUCUACAUUGCCUCUGUUUUAACCGGAUUCUGCUACGGCGCCCAGUGGCCUCUGCUUUUCGCCAUCGUCUCAGAGGUUUUUGGGCUAAAAUAUUACGCGACGCUGUAUAAUUUCGGGUCAGUGGCGAGCCCUGUGGGGCUUUAUUUGCUGAAUGUGAAUGUGGCGGGGUAUUUAUACGACAAGGAGGCGAAGAAGCAGCUGGCGGCGACGGGGAGGAUAAGAAAAACAGGGGAGGAGUUGAUUUGUAAUGGGACGGUGUGUUUCAAGCUGUCUUUUGUGAUUAUUACGGCGGUGAGUUUGUUUGGGGCUUUGGUUUCUUUGGUUUUGGUGUUGAGAACGAGGAAGUUUUAUAAGAGUGACAUUUAUCGGAGAUUUAGAGAGGCGGAGGAGGCGGAGAAGGCGGAGAAGGCGGAGAAGGAAGACGGCAGUGGGUUCAUAAACGGCGGCGAUAUAGUGGAGGACUCGAAACAGGGGAUUAGGCAAUGAUGA